AUGCUUAAGCGGCACGUAAAGUGCCUCGGCUUUGAUCUGGGGACAACGAACUCGUGCGUCUCUACCAUGGUCAGUGGCGUGCCGACCGUCCUUCCCAUGCUCGACGGUUCUCGAACGGUUCCCUCUGUAGUGGGUUACCUGCCCCUGGAGGCCCGCGACACCCCCUUGGUUGGAGCAGAGGCAGAGCGGCAGGCUCUAACUAACGUGAAGAAUACAAUUAAUGCCAGUAAGAGACUUAUUGGUAGGCGCUUCACAGAUGCAGAAGUAAAGCGUGCUGCAAAGCAUGUCUCCUAUGACAUAGUACAGGGACCCAAUGGAGAAGCCAUGAUCAACGUUCCAAACCUUCACAAGUCGGUCAGCCCUAUUGAGGUGGGUUCAGAAAUCUUGAAGUAUAUCAAGUCACAAGUACAGCAGCGGUCGGGGCUCGAGAUAGAGGACAAGCCGCAUGCUGUCAUUACUUGUCCUGCAUAUUUCAAUAACGAUCAGCGGAGAGCAACGGAGUUGGCUGGACAGUUGGCCAAUCUGGAUGUUAUCCGGGUUUUGUCUGAGCCAACCGCAGCUGCACUGCUCUACAACUAUAAUUCCAGCAGUAAUAAGAUCAAAGAGAACGAAAUCUUCGUCGUUAUAGACGCCGGAGGUGGGACGUACGACAUCUCCAUCAUGGAGUGCUCCGGGGAUGGCGUGUACAGUGUCAUUGCAACGGCGGGGGACGGGUUUCUUGGAGGAGAUGAUUGGGACAACGGAUUUGUCGAGUAUCUUAUCGGAGAUAUAGCUGAGACAUUUGCACGAGGAGCCCCAGACACCAAGUCCAUGAAGGCAGCCAUCAUGGAUGCUAUCCGGGCAGACCCUGUCAUGAUGUACACUUUAAAGCUGAGCGCAGAAACAGCUAAGAAGCAAUUCUCAGAAAAGGUCAGCACCGAAAUCAUUCUUCCCGGAUUUUAUGACGGAAAGAGCUACAAGAAGGUCAUUACACGUGAUCAGUUCGAAUUGUUGACAGCCCCUCUUGUUGCUAGGCUCAUCCCACCGUGCAAACAAGCCCUGACAGACGCUGAUUUGACACCAAGAGACAUCUCUAAGAUUCUUUACGUUGGUGGAACCACCAGGAGCCUGGCACUACAGAGAAAGGUGAGCGAAUUCUUUAAGCAAAAAGGGCUUACAACGAUGAACCCCGACGAAUCAGUGUCUCUAGGUGCAGCUGUGCAGGGUGCAAUUCUUAAUCACGAGGUUAAUAGCAUCCUACUCCUGGAUGUAGCCCCGCUUUCUCUGGGUUUAGAAACGCUGGGUGGUAUCUUUUCCCCCAUCAUCAAGCGCAAUGCAACCAUUCCUACAAGGAAAACACAGACAUUCACCACAUCAGAGGACAAUCAGCGAUCGGUCAAGAUUAAGGUCUUUCAAGGAGAGCGCGAGAUUGCGUCACAGAACCAUUACUUAGGGGAAUUCGAGCUGGACAAUCUUCCACCAGGCCCGCGCGGUUCUCUCAAGAUAGAUAUUAGCUUUGAGGUAGACGAGAAUGGGCUGAUUCAUGUCAAGGCAGUCGACCAGGACACGGGUGUCCAACAGUCAAUAAAGAUUAACAAUGCCUCUUUAUCCCAGGAUGCUAUCAAUGAGAUGCUUAAGGCUGCUGCGGAGAACAAGGAGGCAGAUAAACGCGAGCGUGAGAUCUUUGAAUACAGUAAGGAGCUAGGUGGUCUCAUUGCUGGUUUGAAGGAGGCGCUCCGGGAGCACAAGGAUCUCUUGUCCAAAGAUAUCGUGGAGAAGGGAAACCGAUUGGUUACCCAAAGCUCCGAUUUUCUGGCGGAUGCCGAUGACCUUGCGAAGCGCAAAUUGAUUGAUUUACUGGAGCUCAAGAAGUGCAGGGACCGAGCUCACAGACUGAUGCUCGAGAUGGGCAAGUCACUGGAGGGACGCGCCACUAGCACGUAA